GCCAUUCUAUCGAUUGUUUUUUCAGUCGUUGGCAAAAUGUCACACUAUGUAACACCUUUUGUUGUGCUCAAUCUUGGCUCAGAGAUGGUUUUUGUCGUUGCUCAAAGACUACAAGCUCAAAAUGUACCACUUGACCGAACGAAUUUAGUGCUGGACGAGAUCAUUUCUGUCCUCAUCUCCAAGCAGCUCAUGACGGAACUGAUGAAGCCCCAAGCCACGUACGGGCAUGAGCAAGUCCGUGAUAUCAUUGAAGACGUCACUCAGUCUUCAAUGAUGCGUUUGGACCCCACCAGCAUGAACAAGCUUUGGGACCUCAUCACCAUGGUCUUCAAAUGGCAAGUAACCAUCUCCAAAGAGGUGAUUCCAGUCACUUUACGCCACCUCUACGAGAUUGAAAACUACGUUACAAAUCCAGACACCCAACUGCAGUUGCACAAAGUUCAAAAUCUUGUCGACAAUUUCAACAAAAUUCUAUCACAGAAAGAAAAGAAUGAACUGAGAGAUGAUAUCAUCUACUGGUUGAAGGAUGUCAAUGUGCGCGUUUCGCUACUACUGAGAAUGGGUUUGCAAAACAUGGAAGGCAUCUUCAUAACGGAGAAUUUGGAUCCGACAGCUGAGAAGAUGUUGGCCAAUUUGGGAGAGAAUAUUUACUCAGUGACUAACAAUGGGAGAAUUUUGGAAAAGAAUCAGAAUAAAGCGGAACCAGAAGUGAACGAGUUGCAAUUAUUUGUUGACCAGAUCUUGGGUGAAAGAAAACUGAGCAAUGGAAAUAACGAUAACCGGGGUUUCCUGCGUUUGGCAAUCGACGAACAGAAUGGAAAUGACAACGAAUCAACAGCUACGUUUAAUAAUAUUGAUGUCAACACCGAUGAGAAGCAAGUGGAGGAUAUGAUGGGUGAUAUGGUGGUCGGUGAUAAAGAGGAUGGAUCCCUGAGAGAUGAUUUAUUGGAAAUGAUUGGGGGCGAAAAUUGUGAUUAAUAGUUAAUAAAUGUUAAGUAACGAAA